UGUUUGUCUAUAUCUUCCAGACUGACGGAAGAGAACUCGGAAACUAUCAGUGUUUAUAACUGAUUGAACUGGGUUCCCUGUUGUUUUUUUCAGCGACGUGUUUUUCCCCUGAAGGUUGUCUCAGUAGACACCCCGGGGUUGGCUGUGGUGCUGUACUUGGGUUUUUGUGGGAUUUCUGUUUCGAGCUACUGGACUGCAUCUUCAGGUGACUCAAAAUGGCUAAAGGAAGUUCAGGAGUUAGGGCUUUCCAAGGACUGCUCAUUUUUGGAAAUGUGGUGAUUAUGUUAUGUGGCAUUGCAUUGACGGCCGAAUGCAUCUUCCACGUCUCGGAUCAGUACAGGCUCUGGCCUUUGCUGGCAGCUGCUGACAACACAGACAUUUUUGCUGCUGCAUGGAUCGGUCUCUUUGUUGGCUUCCUCCUGUUUCUGCUGAGCAUUCUUGGUAUAUUUGGAAUCAUGAAGUCGGCCAAGAAAGUUAUCUUGACAUACCUUGUACUGAUGAUAAUUGUUUACACCUUUGAAGUUGCCUCCUGUAUCACAGCUGCGACACAACGAGACUAUUUUGUUCCAAAUUUCUUCCUCAAACAAAUGCUGAAGCUAUAUUCUAACAGAAACUGGCAGAAUGAAGUAGAAUUCAGGAAGUUUGUAGAUGUCACAAAUAGUUGGAAUCACAUCAUGCCUAACAAUGAAUGCUGUGGUGUAAAUGGACCUGAAGACUGGAUUAAUUUUAACUCCAUGUUCAGAUCAAACCAUUUGGAUUCUGAAUUUCCCUGGCCUCGACAGUGUUGUAGGACAUCCUCUUUUGGCCAAAUCCUUGAUCUUGAUGCAUGCAAGCUUGGCGCCGAUGGCUAUAUUUAUAAUCGGGGUUGCUAUGAAGCUAUCUCGGGAGCUCUGAGUAGACAUGCUUGGGGUGUUGCAUGGUUUGGAUUUGCCAUUCUUUGUUGGACAUUUUUUGUCCUUGUUGGUGCAAUGUACUACUAUGCUAUCCUGGAAGGUUGAAUUGGAUUUCUAAUGGAUUUGAAUUGAAUGAUUUCCAACUAUCUACCACUUGGCAAUACUGAGGAAAUCACACUUAAACUGCACAUGUGACGUAUUGGGAAUUGGAAUUGUAUAACAUUUUGUACUUGGCUGCAUCUUGGCCUGAUGUAAGGCCUCUUGAAAUAAUUUUAAUUCUUGCCUAGAUUCUUAUCGAGCAGUCUUCUGUGGAACCAUGAAUUUGAACCCAUUGUCCACUGCUAUAACCCUGCCAUAAACAAUUGACUGCUGUUGAAAAUUGGAUUUUUCACUCCCCAUAUUUGCCUAUUUUAAUUAACCGAGCAUGUUUGCCCAGACUUAUGUGACUUAAUUGGUAUAAACAUUAGCUUACCUUGAUUUAUAAAUGUCCCUUUAACUGCUCUGUGAAUGGUGGACUUAAAUUUAUCCUUGUCUGCUAGGAAUAGUGGAUGCUACUUUGACAAUUUGGAAAGGAAGUACCUGCUUGAAGUCAUUCCACAAUCGUGUUAAUUCCAGUUUCCCUUCAGUCUUGUUUCUAUUAUUUUAACAGGCUUGCAACAGUCCAUUUUGAUUUAAAAUUUUUCUGUUCACUGUGCUUUUUCAUUUUAAGUAUUGUGGAACUGUAUGAACAAUAAAAUCAGUGGCCAAAGUUGUAGUGUUUAGAAUCCAAUGUAAGCUGAAUAUAACUGUGCUGUAGAUGCUUCACAAAUCUUAAGUACAGAGUACAAAAAUGCAGGUAACUUUAGAUUGUAUUAGUUCUACUUGUAAGCAAAUCAUGAGUUAAACAUGUACAGUAUAGAUUUUCUUUUAUAUCUGUUAAUAUAUGAAAGCGUUAAUUUUCAAUAAAUUAUGAAUAUUCAGGA